CCUUGCAGAAAUUAAAGAUAGUGUAAAAAUGUAUUGAUGAAAUAACAUUCAAGAUAUCAUAUGGAGUAGAACGGCAGGACACUUGCUAAGCAGGAAAGACACGAUAUAAAAUAAUGUGCCGACCAUAUUCCGCAACCACAAGACUUGAAGAAGAGACCCUAGUCUGUAACCACACGUAAGAGAUGGAGCCCCCACAUGCUCAGAAAGGCCCGAGAGCGUGUCCUGUGCUGCCCGUAAUUACAUACGCGAUGGUGGGUAUGUUUGCCGAACCUCUAAGGCUGCACUGCGUUUUGUCUGGGAAGCAGGGAGGCCAGCACCCACCUGCAGGAUCACCCGGGGGUUAGGUGAGAUAAAGCAAGUAGUGGACUUAGCCCACACCCUGCGCAGCGAGAACACCGAGGGUGACUCCAGUGGUUGUCGCCGUUGUCCCUGGGUUGUGAUGCCGGUAGCGGUGGCCCAGAAGCUACUAUCUGAAUUGGCUUUGUGGAUUUUCCUCUGUCUUGACCAGGUUUUUGGUACUGGGAGGCACAAUCACACAGAGGAACUGAUGAGCAGACGCAACGCAACAUGCAAGAAGUUGCAAGUGAAUAACCAACGGGCUGUAGAGAGAAGCCUGUCCUUGGUGGACUUGCUCAAGGACGGUCCCGUGGGGGUGCUCUGCACGUCAUCACUGAAGAAGAGAGGACAGAAGAGGUGGCGGGAGGUGUCAGUGACAUUCUGGAGUGCAUUGGAAGGACAGAUGAAAGAAGGACAUUUUUCUUUGGGAUGUGGGGACCCCACCUGCCUGAACGGCAUGAGGACGGGGACUUCCCUGUACCUCCAAGGCCCCCUGCCUGACCUGGACCCUGUCUCCUCUUUCCUACGCUGUCACUGUCAGACUGGACUGGCAGCCACACAGUCUGUCUCAAGUGCUGUGAAAUGUGUUGACUGGAUGUGCACAGUCCUUGGCAGAGUGACACUGCCCACGGGAAUUCUUUGUAUCCUUGGUAUGGAAGAUGGCAGGCAAUGGGCGAUGACUGAUCACCUAAGAUACCAUCAGUUAUUGGCUAGAGGAAUGCUGCUGUUGCAUUUGCAGCUUCGCUUCCAAACUAUUAUUCAGUCUCAGCCCCUCCAGAGCAGACAACAACAGAGCUCCAGGAGCGUAAGACAGAGCCGCAGACCUCAGGGAUAACUGCCCCAGGUCCUCUCCUUCAUCCCAGGUUCCUGUUGAGUCAUUUCAUCACGUUGAAAAUGUCCUUUUUGGAGGAGAACCCAGGCGUGACUUUGGACUCUGAAGACCAGGAAAGAGAUGAUCCUCAGUGCUUCUCAGAAGAUCCCGCCAGAGAUGCCCUGGAGCUGGGCCCCAGCCUCACCUCCGUGAGCUCUGCCCACUCAAGUCCAAGAGUGAAGGCCAAAGUUCCGGAGAAAUUCAGUAUCCAUGACGGGGAUCACAAAGUCCUGGUCCUGGACUCUGGGACGCUCAGAGCUGUUCCGUAUAAAACCUACGUUCUCCCAGAGACCUUCUUUGUACUUGCCUCCCACGUGGGCUCACCUUAUGAGAAGAAAGGAAGCCCCAUUUUCCUGGCCGUCUCUAAAGGAGAGCUGUGUCUCUGCUGCGAGAAGGACAAAGGGCAGCUCCAGCCAUCCCUGCUGCUGAAGAAGAAGACCCUUUCUGACUUGGAUGCCCAGAAGGAACCAGAAUGUCAGUCCUUCACCUUUUAUAGGGCUAAGGUGGGCUCCAAGAACACGCUGGAGUCAGCUGCCCACCCUGGAUGGUUCGUUUGCACCUCCUGCAAUGCCUGGGAACCUGUUGGAAUGACAAAGAUUCGAGGGAGAAAGAAACACACUGAGUUCUCAUUUCACCCAGUUUGGAAAGCUGAAAUGAGCCCCAGUGAGGUCAGCGAGUGCACAACUGCCCCAUCAGAAGCCUUCCUGUCCUUAAGUCCUUAACUCCUGCCCAGGCUGGAGGAACACGGAAGCUGCUCACUAAACUCAUCUGUUUCUUACUAGUACUUUGGGAAUUUGUGUCUUUAGGUCUUAGAAAGAAGGCUUGCUUUGUUGUAGAGUUCUUAGAUGAAAUAAAGCUCUGCCUGUGUGCGACUUCUGCUGAACCAUCAGCCAUCCAUAGGCAGUGUCGGAUGGCAUGAUCGAGCCAGGUGGUCGGAACUUGUGACAGGAAGGAGCAGCUGCGAUAAUACUGUGCCCCAAAGUUAGCGUUCCUCCUGGGGCUGGACAGGCACUUGGGCCGGGGGGGUGCUGAAGUCCACGGAAUGGUUUAGUCUGUGUCUAGGGCACAGUGUGACAGGAAGAAAAUCAGAAAGUGACCAUCCGGCCAAGUGGAAAAGGGUGGAGUGGGUCCCAGAUAAGGAAUGGGGCGACCCGAGGUGUGGGAGAUGCACAGACACAAGGAAUCUGGGUCAGGUGGCAGCCGGGGGACCAGGUGAGCAACCAGUCGGCUUCUGGGAGGCCUGCCCACGAGGGCCAGGUGCCUGCCCCUAGCUGGCUCAGAUCCCAGUGAAUAGUGAGAGGAGGGGCUGGCCGACCAGAAACCCACGGCUGGAAGCAGAGCAGGGGAGGGGAGCCUUGGAAGUGCCUGCUUAUGGCUCCUCAGUUCCAAGUGACAAUAGCUGAGUCAGGCUUCCCGAAGCAGAAAGCACAUCAAACAGACAGGAACGUACUAGAAGGAUUUGGGGGCAUGCUCGUUUGUCAUUGCGGCUGUCACAAAUCAGCACACACUAGUGGUUAAAACAAGGCAGUUUCUUACCUUGCCUUUCUGGAGGUCAGUCUGAAAUGGGCCUCACUGGGCUAAAUUCAAAGUGUAGCCAGUGCUGCGUUCCUUUGGAACCUCAAGGGGAAAACUGAUUUGAUUCCCUUGCUUUUCUGGCCUCGAGCGAGGGGUCACCUGCAUUCCUUGGCUCAUGGCCCCUUCCUCCAUCUUCAAAGUCGGCAAGGGCUGGUGGAGUCUUUCUCCGGAGAACCCCCCCCCCCCUUCCUCUCUCACUUGUUAAGAACCCUUGUGAUGGCAUUGGGCCCAUCCCAGUAACCCAGGAUAAUUCCCAUCUCAAGACCCUUAAUUUAACCACGUCUGCAAAGUCCCUUUUGCCGCUGAAGGUACGUAUCUUCCGAGGAUCCGGGUAGGAUGUGGACAUCUGUGGGAGCAUCACUCUGCUUAGCACAUGAAGGCUGUGCUUAGAAGCCAGAGUCGGACAUUUCCAGCAGGUCCAAAAUCACAAGAGCCAGGGAGGUUUUGGCCCCACCAUCUAGAUGGGUAAGGAAAAGGUUCAGAUUCCAAGGAGAGCGUGGGACCCCCUGCUUCAGCUCACGCAUCUACUCCUCGGUCAGUCAAUGGCAGCACCCUUUGAUCAACAUCCCUGCGAGACACUCAGCUUGGUGACAUGGAGCAAAUUGCUGUGAUGCACUAGCAGGUCGCGUGGGCUUCCUGUGAGGCUCCACCAAGACCACAGACGAGGCCGCCCCCACCUGCAGAAGCACGGGAUUCCUGCGCGCUGUUGGCUUUCCUGUUGGAAAGCUCAGGGGUGGCUCUGGUGCUCACGUGGGUGUUCCACCCACUUAAAAACUGUGAGCCGUUCCCUGUCGCAGCACUACCAACCCCCCUGCUGACCUGGCCUGAUUUUUCUGUCCUUCUAAUGUACCGUAUAAUUUGCUUAUUUCUUAGGUUUAAUGUUUGCCUCCUCUGCUAGGAUGUAAGCUCCAUGAGUGUCCUCUUCUCCGAUGCAUCGCAAGAACCUACCAUAACACCCGGCACUUGUAGACACUCAGUAAGGUUUUUAUGAAUGAAGGAGGGAGGAAGAAAGAGCACAGGGAGGAAGGGAGAAAGGCAGAGAGAGAGGGAAGGGCUGUUAUUUAAAUGAUGCUCUUCUUCCUGCCACAGCUAAUAGGACUUCCCCUGCAAAGCAGAUGCAUCUUUGAAAACGUGUAUAAAUCCAGUGCAGGUGUUUUGGGUUUUAUUUUCCUAACUGUCAUUGUAAUCAUGGGUUUGGGGGUUCAGCGAAAAGGUUUUGGCCCUUACAUAUUACACCCCAGAAUCCCAGUGUAUUCCCUUCCGAGGGUGGCUGGAAUAGAGUAAAACCACGAAGCAGCUUAAAGCAACCGAAAUUUAUCCUCUUACAGUCCCAGAGGUGAGAAGUGUGAGAUCAAGAUGUUGGCAGGACGGGCUCCUGCGAGGGCUCUGACGGAGAAUCUGUUCUGAGCCUCUUCCAGCUUCCGGCUUUGUUGGCCAUCCUUGGCGUCCCUUGGCUUGUAGAUACAUCAUUCCACCUCCAUUGUCACAUGACCUUCUUCUCCCUGUGUCUCUGUGUCUUCAUAAGGCCUUCUCUGUGUGUCAGUCUCCAAAUUUCCCUCUUUUUUCAAGGACAUCAGUUACAUUGGAUUAGGACACAUCCUAAGAAGUUUAUCUUGACUUGGUUACAUCUGUAAAGACCCCAUUUCCAACUAACGUGACAUUCAUAGGUAUUGGGGGUUAAGACUUUAAUGUAUCUUUCUUUGGGGGGGACACAAUUCAACCCAUAGCACCCAACAUUUCAGCUGUUCACCUCAAGGAAUUCUCUACGCCUGUAAAAGGAUGAUCCGAGGGCAAGAACUCAUGCAGAAGCGCCCCAACCAGGGGGUCCUCUCCCCAGCUGAUCACUUCCCCCACCCCCAUCCGAGAUCCUGGGCAGGACAAGGGGGGAGAGGGAAAGAGGGAGGCUGUCUUGGGAAUGGAAAGAGAAGACUCUAAUCCGUCCUGCAUCCUGCUUGGGAGGGAGUUACCCAGCAGAGCGUUAACAGACAGCCUUAGGAGUGGUGCACCCCAGGCAUUUUUGAUCCCGGUUACCCCAAUGAAUUAAACAAAAUUGAGGACAUAUCUUGAAACGUAGACAAUAGCACUUAAUGAAGCUGACAUAAAAUUAGAAAAUUUACAAGGGCUAAAUAAAUUAGAAACCAACAUUUAGUUUCUUCUAACAUUCCAAAGGGCUGUCUCACGCCGCCUCCUCGCUCCAUCCCAGUGUCUGCAGGCACACCCCUAGUGACGUUCAACCAGUUCUCGGUCGUUGUGGGGCAGGGGGACUGGGAGGGAGCUCUGAUAACACAGCUCUUGUUGGUUUUCACUAUGUAACGACUCCCAGCAGAACCAACUUCAAUGACAUGCAGUCGCAGGACUACAGUCAAGAGGAGAUGCUCACGUGGGCUCUUCUAAGCUGGGGUGCACUGGCUCCAGCACGCCGUGGCACCCAUUUAAGAUCUUCAUUUUAGAACCAGGAUUGGUUGGCAAAUCAUAGUCUGCAGGCCAGAUCCAGCUCCCUGCCUGUGUUGUAGAGCUUGCUAACACAGCCAUGCUCACGGGUUGUCUAGGGCAGCCUUCCCGCUACAAUAGAACAUGUGACACUGUUGUCACCAAGCUCAUGAAAUACACUGUUUCUUGUUUUGCAUUUGUAGACACUUAGGAAGUUCCAUUCAUCUUACAAGGUGUCCAUGAAGUUUGUGUCCUGCUCUUGCCUGUGAUAACCUCCCAUGCAAAUGAGCCUUAUAAGCUACGGAAGAGAAUUAUUUGGAACAUGGCUCUAAAUAGGAGAUAAUUAUUAUUAUGUUUGUUAAAAAAACAAGACAGCAGGCCCCAAAUGGAGUCGCUUAUGCUAUGCCCCCUAUCACCAAACUGAGACUUAACUUAAUUACAGUUCCCAGCUCUCCCAGAAAAGGAAACUUAACCCACUUAGGAAUUGCCUGGUCAGAACUAGCUAGGACAUUAGCCAUCCCCUAAAGGAAAGUAACUUUGCGAUAACAAAUCUAGUUUUUUUUGCCUAGUAAAACUUCCUUGUUCCCGCUCCCUUCUUACUAUAAAAGUCUUUCAUUUGUAGGUCUCCUCGGAGCUCCUUUCUGUCUGCUAGACUGGAUGCUGCCCGAUUCGAAUGGACUUUUACUCAAAUAAACUCUUAAAACUGUUAAUAAGCUUCAGUUUAUCUUUUAAUAUUUUAAAAGAGUUGGUUACAAAGUGUUUUUCCCCACAAGUAUGAUUUAUGAAUCUAAUAACUUUCU